AUGUCCACCGCCCCAGGAGACGAAUAUCAACCCACCACCGAGGGUCUCGAAGGCAGUGCUGGUUCAGAUGCCGUGCAGAAUGACUACAAGUCACGCACCGGGCAAGGGGUUAUUCCUGUGCAGGGCGACGAGGCUCCAGUCGAGGAUUCUAUCGACGCCAACACAGCCGAUUCGGAUGAACAACUAGUCCGUGAUGACAACGAAGCGAUAGACAAGAGUAACAUCAUUGACGAUCGCACCCGUGGAGCUACCAAAAAGACGGGAACAUACAGGGAACCAGGUGACGAGGAAGGUCUACCAGGACCUGAAGAUGGGACGAGUUCUGUCUAG